AUGGUCACGUGCAGACUUAAACUUGAACCAGACAGACCGUCACCCACGGCCCCGAUCGCGCGACUGGUCCAUAUCCCAUUCGGGACAGGAUCCAGGAUCGGGCAACCCGCGGAACUCAUCUGCCUGCUUUUGUGCACCAGCCGAGACGAGUGGAAGCAGGCAAGCAGGCUGGCUCUUGUCCAACAGCAGACAGACCGUCACCCGCGGCCCCGAUCGUGCGACUGGUCCAUAUCCCAUUCGGGACAGGAUCCAGGAUCGGGCAACCCGCGGAACUCAUCUGGCAGUUGUUUGGCAAGGCCGGUCGAGACGAGCGGCACCUGUUUGCCGGCGAUUGGAGUUAUGCCGCCCAAGGCCGCCACCAUCCCGAAUGGCAGCGCCCGGUUCACGCACCGAGUACUUGCUGUCUUUCCCGGACAGCCGAAUCGAACGAACGAGCAGGGGGACACUGGCCAGUCGAGUCUCGGUCUGAUGCAUCAGUUUGUCACCUUGGAUGCAAGCUUCGACCCAUCAGCCUCGAUUCUCUUCAGGUUCAGCCUUGUUGUCUCCAACGGGAUCCCCCUUUACUUGCAGAUACUACCAGACCGUGUCGCAUCCUUUGAGCGCAUCUCUCAUGACAGUGCUCACCGCGACCCGGGACUUGAUAUCGUACGUAACGAGUUGGACGGCGUCCGUCGCCUUGUAUGUCUUCGUUUUCGACUGUAUAAGGCAGGCCACCUCAUCACACCGGUGGGCUUCGAGAUUGAUCGUUCCGACGCCGAGGCGCUCCAUAACUUUAAUUCUAUAACCUCUUUGGCCGCAGCUUUGGACUUUUGUGUGUAUAUGCGUCCUGAUGUCUUGACCAAGUCUAAGUUUGCCGUCUUUCACAAUGCGAUUAAAGAGCCGCGGGAUGCCGCCCAGAUCGCUGCGUUGGAGUGGAGAGCAGACCCGUCGCGUCUUUACAAUGGCAAGGGUGGAGAGGUGGUAACCCAAGGCGCGGAGUCUGUCUCCAGCCCGGCAUCAUGUGCCUCCACCGUAGCUGUUGACAGUCCGCCAGGCUACCGUCUCCAGUCACACGACGUGGCAUCUCUUGCACCGCCAGCGUACCAACAGGCACACCAACAUGUUGCGCCUCCGGUCGAGGAGCUGGGCAAACGACUCCGCUCAAGCAGCAAGAGUGCUGAUUCGAGACCAUCGAAAAGGGUUGGGCCGCAAUCGUCUUCUCCUCAUGUCACCUUUUUUGGCCCGCAGGAUGAGUUGCAAACUCGACAAAUCCAAGAGUUCACGGCGAUAUUCGAUUCUCGUGUCCAUAGCCUCCUCGAACAAUAUCAACGCCGAAUCGACAAGCUCGAGGACAGUGUCAGAAUUCUGAGUGCGAAGAAUGAGCAGCUCGAAGCACAAGGCAUCCAACAACAACAGGAUAUUCAGAUGCUAAGGGACGAGGUGAAAGUGCUUCAAGAGGAGGGUGACAAAUGCUUGGGUCGCACAGGCAGUUUGGAAGAGCGUCAAGAUGAGUUUGAGCGACGUCAAGAAGACUUCGAGGACAGCCAAGCCUUAUUGGAGCAGCGUCAGGACGCGACAGAGGAGACUGUCGAAUUGACUGACGUUCGUAUUCUAGGGUUGGAGGGCUUACUUGAUGAGGACUGGCGAUGUGAACUGGUGGAUGAGGUUAGAGGCGAAUCUGUAGCAGGAGUAAGAGAGUUUCUCCGAAACAUUUAG